AUGGAAAAAUCAAAAAUCAACAGCAUAUCGUGCAUCAAAACAGAUCACGACUAUAAGAGAAACUUAAACCUGAGCAUUCAAUGGAGUCGCUGGAUUUUAAAACCGAUCGGUCUCUGGCCAAAUUCCUUCACUAUUUCAACGACAGGAAAAUAUUUUUAUCGAUUAAUAAAUGUAAUCUGCUACAGUUUAAUAAGUUUCCUCUCGAUACCAUGCAGUUUGUAUGUGAUCCUCGAAGUGAAAGAUAUCUACAAUAGAAUAAAACUACUCGGUCCAUUGAGCUUUUGCGUGAUGGCGUUUCUAAAAUAUCAUUUGUUAAUCCUACACGAGGAUAAUAUUCGCGAAUGCGUCAAACGUAUUGAAUGGGAUUGGAAGAAUAUCACAUAUUUCAAAGACAGAGAAAUCAUGAUAACGAAUGCAAAUUUUGGAAGAAGGCUGGUCGUUAUUUGCACGUUUUUCAUGUAUAGUGGUUUCGCCUUUUACUAUAUUGCCGUGCCAAUUAGCGUUGGGAAAAUUCCUGCGGAGGAUGACAAUAUUACCUUCAUUCCCUUGGUGUUUCCCUUCUCGAGAUUUAUCAUCGAUACUCGCUACAGUUUCAUAAAUGAGAUUGUAUUUUCUAUUCAAUUAGUCGCCGGUGCUUUGAUGCAUACCAUAACGACUGCAGCCUGUAGCUUGGCUGCUAUAUUCGCGGUGCACGCUUGCGGCCAGAUGCAGGUGUUGUCGAGCUGGCUGAAACAUUUGAUAAACGGUCGAUCAGAUAUGUAUAAUAAUGUGGACAGCAGAAUCGCAAACAUCGUGAAUCAACAUGUUCGAAUAUUGAAAUUUUUAGCGCUUACAGAGAAAGCACUUCAACAAGUGUCAUUCGUGGAGUUUUUAGGCUGCAUGUUAAACAUAUGUCUCCUUGGAUAUUAUGUUAUUAUGGAAUGGAGUUCGAGUCAUUUAACCAGUGCAGUAACAUUUUUCAUACUGCUAAUAUCUCUUACGUUUAACAUUUUCAUAUUUUGUUACAUAGGCGAAUUAGUAGCCGAACAGUGCAAGAAAAUUGGAGAAAUUUCAUAUAUGGUCGAUUGGUAUCGAUUAGAAGGAAACAAAAAGCUCUGUUUCGUUUUGAUAAUUGCAAUGUCUAAUUCAUCGAUUAAAUUGACUGCUGGAAAUAUGGUUGAGUUGUGUUUGACCACUUUUAGCGAUAUUGUUAAGACAGCAGUCGCAUUUUUGAAUGUAUUACGAACAUUAACAAUUUAAGGAUUUAAUAUGACGAACUGUUCGAUGAUAAAAGUUGCAAUUUUC